AUGCAGGGUCGACGAAAAAUUGUUACUAUAAAAGCUCAAGAUAGUCUAGCUUUUGAACCUGAUGAAGAAAUUCAUGAAGAAGAAGCAGUCUGUAAAUUUUGCUUUGACAUAUUGGUGGAUGGAAAUUUGGUCAAGUUAAAAUGCAGUUGCAAAAACACCCUCGCCCAUAGCGCAUGUGCAUCUAACCAAUUUAGAUCGAGGGGAAACAAUGAGUGUGAAGUUUGUGACCAGGAGGUCGAAGAGGUACCUGUAACUUUGCUAAGGGUGCCUGUUCCUGCUAGGGAUAAUGAGCCAAAAGAAAGCNUCGCCCAUAGCGCAUGUGCAUCUAACCAAUUUAGAUCGAGGGGAAACAAUGAGUGUGAAGUUUGUGACCAGGAGGUCGAAGAGGUACCUGUAACUUUGCUAAGGGUGCCUGUUCCUGAUAGGGAUAAUGAGCCAAAGGAAAUCUGGACAGCAAAAUUGAAAAGGGUGCCUGUUCCUGAUAGGGAUAAUGAGCCAAAGGAAAUCUGGACAGCAAAAUUGAAAAGGAAAGUGAGACUAGAGCCUGA